UUGGCCACCCGUUCCAUCGAGCCCUCAUUCGGCCUGCUCUUCGGUGAUUUGCUACGCGAUCUCGAUGUCGGCACCACCGGCGCUGCGGUUAUUAUGAGCACACUCGAUGUGUGCAUGAAUUUCUCAGGGCUCUUUGUCGGACCGCUACUCAAGGAGUUUUCGUACCGAAAGGUGGCUAUCGCCGGCUCAUUAUUAUGCGGCAUAGGCUUGGCGGCCACCUCACCCGCAGCCAGCAUGACACACAUACUCAGUACGUACAGUGUGAUCAACGGCAUUGGUGUCGGACUUUCAACAUCUGCCGCCUUUGUCGCGCUUAAUCACUACUUCAAGAACAAACGCGGACAAGCUGUUGGAUUAUCCAUGGCUGGCACAGCCUUGGGUAUGCUGAUAAUGCCACAACUGGUACGUGUUCUGCUCGAGGCGUUCGGUUUUCGUGGUGCUGUGCUAAUGUUAGCUGGUGUCGCAUUAAAUUCCACAGUCGGUGCUGUGCUCUUGCAGCCCGCCAAGUGGCAUAUGAUCGAUGAAGUGAUCGAUGAGGAAAUGAUGACGGUGCCGGUGUCGCCACCCACACCGGACGUUAAAGUCAUACGGGAGGAUGGCAACGAAGAAGACGCGUUACCUGAGUUAAACACGUUACUCUUUUCCAAGCAGCAAUAUAUGCGCAAGAAUUACUCUGAAAUAGCGAUGAACACAAUGAAUGGCACGCGCACAGGCAUGCCAAAGCGUCCCACGUUUCCACGUAUAAUGUCGCUAGCCGGCGUGCAAUCGGCGGUGAAUACUAGCCAGUCUAACUCAGAUGUGAAUACGACGCUACGCAAUCGCAAACAUUCGGUUACAUCGAAUCUGUCGUACAUGGAUUUCACCGGUUCCAUACUGCAGGUGCACAUGAAUGUAGGCGAUGAGGAGUUUGAGCGUAAUGAUCGCGAGUUGAAGCGUGUCAACACUGCGACGGGUGGCAUGGCGAAUGCGCAUCGAGAUUCAUUUAUUAAAAUGCGCCCUGCAGAGACUGAUCAAUAUGAAGAAUCACCGGAGAAGGAGAUGGAGAAGAAGCCCGGCUUCUGGCGACGUUUCGCUGAUCUCAUGGAUGUUGAUUUAUUGCGUGAUAAAAUAUUUCUAAACAUACUUUUCGGACUGUCCAUCUUCUACGUCGGCGAGAUGAAUUUCAAAAUGGUUACGCCAUUCUUUUUUGCCAAUCUCGGCUACAAUAAAACAGAUGUUGCCUUCUGCCUAUCCAUAACGGCCAUCACAGAUAUUUUAGCGCGUAUAAUACUCCCGCCCAUAUUCGAUCGUACUACCAUCAAGAAGCGCACUGUGUUCUUGGUUUCCAUCAUCUUUGUGGGCAUCACCCGUUC